CCCCCCCCCCCCGGGCCGCCCCGAACAUGGGCAACUGCCUCAAAUCCCCCACCUCGGACGACAUCUCCCUGCUCCACGAGUCCCAGUCCGACCGGGCCUCCUUCGGCGACGGCACCGAGCCCGACCAGGAGCCGCCGCCGCCAUAUCAGGAACAAGUGGCGGUUCCCGUGUACCAUCCGACGCCCAGCCAGACGCGGCUCGCCACCCAACUGACGGAGGAGGAGCAGAUCCGGAUAGCGCAGAGGAUCGGCCUCAUACAGCACCUGCCCAAGGGGGUUUACGACCCCGGCAGAGACGGCUCGGAGAAGAAGAUCCGCGAGUGCGUGAUCUGUAUGAUGGACUUUGUGUACGGGGACCCGAUCCGGUUCCUGCCCUGCAUGCACAUUUACCACCUGGACUGCAUCGACGACUGGCUCAUGAGGUCCUUCACCUGCCCCUCGUGCAUGGAGCCUGUGGACGCGGCCCUGCUCUCCUCCUACGAGACUAACUGAGCCCGUGCCCGCCUCCCGCCCUUCCCUCCGGGGCCCCGAGGGCCCACGCACGGACCACCUCCACCCCCGAACAGCUUGACAGCGGGGCAGGAGGAAAAACACCCUCCCCUCCCCCAACAAACACACACACACACACACACGCACACACACACCCCCGCCGGUGACCCUCGAGGCCGGGGGGAGGAUCGGGGAGGCGUCCUUCCCUGAAGUCUCGGCUCGUCGUCCCGAACGUCGUCGUAUUUGGCGCUUGCGGUUCUCCCGGAGCAAGGGGCUGUCCUCGUCGGGGGUCCGAGACCAUGCCCGGGGAGGGGGGAGGGGAGUCGUCCGUUCUUUUAUUCCCAGCCGUCUCCACGGUCAUCGGCCCUUGGGCCGGCGGGGCGGGAGGGCUCCGUUCUAGGACGGCGGGCGGGCGUGGAGCCGCUUUGAGCUUUUUUGCACACUUCCAUUCCCCCCCAGAAAUGGAGUCCAUUGCCUUAGGCCGUCUUCCGCAGUGUUGGCGGGGGGCGGCCGGAUGCUUAAACACGUUCAUUUAGCACCUGCCGAGAAGCGCUCCCUUCUGCUGACUGGUAGGGUUAGGCAGAACUCAGAGUGCUUCUCCCAUCCCAGCUCUGUAGGCUAACGGAGGGGUCUCCCCCCGCCUCACCCCCAUCUCUCUGCUCUUCAAGAUGACGUAGGGUCAGGGCGCUAGAAAGCCCGGGGUAGAAACGGAUGGGACUCGUUCCUAACUUGCUCCCGCUUUCAGGCCGGCGGGACUCAAGCCGGAGAAAACUUUCCAUACGGAGAUCUCCGAUGGGCCGGACCCGGGCCGGGGCCCCGCGCUCGGGUCGAGGAGGCGAGCGAAGGCCAGUGGAGGAACCGGUCUCCCUCUCCCGCCUCUCGAGCACCGCCCCGGCCCGGGGCCGCUGCCUCCGGGAGCUUGGAGAGGGUCGCGGCGACUCGGUUGGGCAGAGCUCAGUCCGGGAUCCGACGCGCGCGAGCGGACCUGAGGAUGGCAGAAGUGGCUCUCGUGUCCUGUUCACCUGCUCAGACACACCCCCAGACACACACAGACACGAUUUCAGAAUAGAGGCCCCUGCUGAAAAUUCUCCCCCUCUCCUCUGUUUCUUGCAGCCGAAGUCAGAGCGCCCUGAGUCCGUAAGCUUCGGGAGUGAAAAAACAAAAAAUGAAAAUAAUACCGUGUUUUUUGGUAGAGACAGUCUAGUAAAGGUGUGGUAGUAAUCCCUUUAACCAUUAGCUCGUGGUGGUUUUUCCUUCAUGUACUUUACGUGGUGCUCACGUAUCCCGCCCGGAGCCGUUCUUUUCCCCCGACCUCCGAUCCCCCGAGCGAGGUGCGGCCCCGGCCGUUCUCCCGACCGCCCGGCUCGUGGCCGGCCGAGUUCCGGAGGGGGCAGGUGGUCGUCGGCAGAUCCGGGCGCCCGGAGGGGGACUCGGCGCACCCCGGGGAAGGGACCGGUGGCGUCCCCACCGGCCGGGACGGGGCGGAGGGGCUCGCUCCCCGAGGCCGCCGCGGAGGGGCCCGCUACCUCCGGGAGAAAACUCCGAACCGGGUUCCCAGACGUUCGCGUCGCUCGAGGCGGCGUCUGUUCGUCGGGAUCCCUUUGCACGAAGCAGACCGGAGAGGAAAGACCAGCAGGUGUGCAAUAUUGUCUGGGAGCUACACCGGUGCGCCUUGGGGGUUUUCUACGGAAAUGUGAGGCCCCCUCCUCUCCCCCUCACCCCCAGCCCCCAUGGCGUCGGGUGUAUUCUAGCCAGACUUUAUUUUUCUUUUUUUUCUAGCUUGUGAAAAUUGGCAAAUGAACUAUUUUUUUAACAUCUUCCAUGUUGCUGUUAGUCUUUAUUUAUUACAAGGCUUGGUUAGGAAGCGUUGGGAAGGAUUCUCGCAGUGACUGGGGUCUGCGCCAUUGCAUCCUUUUCUAGACACUUUAUACUGUUGGACUUUAACACUGAGCUCCACACACUAUGUUAAAAACGUAAAUAUCCGCUUUUACUAAGUUGUGAGAAAGUCACGAUCCAGUUGUCCGGGGCUGCGUUUAGAGCUGACGACUCUGAGAACAUUCCAGAAACGGCCCUCUGUUUGACUAGCGACCUGUAAAUAGAGUGAAUAAACGAAUCGAUUUUAAGACUCUA